UUUGUUUAUAAUUUGGUCGCGCAUCUAAAAAUUUAUAUUAAAAUCGCAAUCAAUUUUAUUUAUUACAAGGUCUUAAGUCCCUAAGCAGGGCGCAACUGAAAAGUUGAAAUUGUGUAAAAAGGUCCAUAGCAAAAUGGCUACCUUGGAAGAUAAAAUUCUUGGUGAGAAGUUACAAAACUAUUGCAGCAGCAGCGAAGACGAGGGAUCUGAGGAUGAAGACAGUCGAAGCGGAGAUGAAGCAGAAGGCAAGUCUUCGGAAGUAGUGUCAACCAGCGUCGAUCCCACUCCCGUUAAUAACUGGAACGGUACUGCCAGUAAUACUGGCCCUAAGGGCGUAUUGGAAGAUUGGCGAAGGUUCAAAGCGUUGGAAGCCGCAAAUCGUGAAAUACAAGCAAAAGAACGAUUCGUCCUAGCUAAGAAGCUCACUAUGACCGUUAAAACAGCUCGCGAAGAGGAAGAAACGAAAGAAAUCGAUGAACUGGAAGAUGAACUGAACGAGCUACUAGACGAAGGUUUUCUCAUGCAAUAUCAACAGCAGAGGAUGCAGGAACUGAUGACACAGCUCCAGAAAGCACCUAAAUUUGGUAAGGUUGUAACUCUGAAAACUCAGGAUGAGUUUUUGAGCGCAAUUGAUAAAGAAGAUUCCAAAGUCACUAUAAUUGUCCACAUUUAUAAUCAUAAUGUGCAGGCAUGCGAGAGUAUGGAUGGCUGCUUAAAUAUUUUAGCAGGUGAUUAUCCUUAUAUAAAGUUUUGUCGCAUCGCUGCUGAUAUAGCUGGGUUGAGUAGGCAUUUUCGUGUUGAUGGUGUACCAGCCUUAUUAGUCUAUAAGGGAGGACAGAUCAUUGGUAACUUCGUCCAGUUGAUAUUUGAACUGGGAGAUGAUUUUUACGCUUCAAAUGUCGAGAAGUUUCUUAUUGAAUAUGGUAUGCUACCUGAGAAUUAAUAGUUCUUUAUUUUAUAUCAUACCAUAAUACCAGUGUAUAGUAAAAUGUAAAAAAAAAAGAACUAAUG